AUGUCGGUUCCUAACCCGCUGACCGAAAGUUCUAAAACGAUUAGUGAAUUAGAUCCUAACCAUUGGUGCUCGCGAGUUCUCACAAGUCGAUUAUCUUUCAUUAAAAAUAAGGCAUCCGAUUGCCUAACUAUUUGUGGAGGUGCUGAAAAUGGACAGUUUUGCUGGAUUGGGGGGAUAAAAAAUGAAAAUCUCAUUGUUUACCACGAUGGGGAGACGCCAUUGAGGCCUAAUGACAUACUAAUUAAAGUUGGAGACCUGUCAGUGUCAGGAUUCACAACAUAUGACUUGAAGGAAUGGCUGAAGAUAACAACACGCAAUAGAAACAUCAUCACAGUUGAGCAUAUUUCGUUUGAAUUUCUAAAUGUGGAUUUGAAGAAAUUUUUGUCAAGAAGAUUCAGAAAGAACUCAGUGGAUCAUGAACUGCAGCAAACAAUUCGUAUUAAUGUAUACAAGAGAACAGUGCCAUGCACAACUCGAAUCAGGAGGUCGGAUGAAGUUGAUGGUGUGGAUUAUACAUUUGUUGAUGUCCAACAGUUUGUUAACUUGGAGAAAAAUGGCUUGCUGUUGGAGAGUGGAACUUUUAAUGGGAAUUUCUAUGGAACUCCUAAGCCUCCACUGCAGGAUGAUGAUGACGACGAAGAUGAUGAUGACGUCAACAAUGAUGAUGAUGAGGAAGAGGAUACCUUGCAUAUUUCUCCAUACAAUCUCCAAAUUUUGCCCCCAGGCUGGGAACGAGUUGAUAACUUUCCUGAUCAUGAUGUCAUCUAUGUUGACCACAUAAACAAGAGAACUCAAUCUGAAUUCCCAUCUUUGAAAAGUUCAACUUCCUCCUCGCGUCACCCGUCCACGCCCUCCCACCUGGCACCUCCCCUCACCUGCAUCUCCCUACUGAAGGGGGCCUACGGACUGGGGUUCACGAUAAUCGGUGGCGACCAGUACAACAGACAUCUGCAAGUUAAAAAUAUCACACCAGGUGGUCCAGCCCAUCUCGAUGGAUCCAUCAGAAGAGGUGAUCUUUUGGUUGAAGUGAACGGCGUGAACGUCCUCAAUUACAGCCACCAACAGAUCGUUCAACUUUUCCAGAACAUUCCCAUCAACACGUCAGUGAACUUGAAGGUCAGCAGAGGUCAUAAAUUGACCUUUGAUCCGGAUGACCCAAACAACAAGAUUAUUACUACUGUUGCAGUUAAACCGACUGAUAAUAAUUUAAGGAUGAACAACAGCAGCAGCAGCAACUUCACUAAUGUUUUGUUUGAUCAGGGAGUAGAUUGUGAUAGAGAGACUCUACCGUCGCCUCACUGCUGUGAUAUGAAAUCACCAAACUCUUCCUCCUCCUCGCCAUCUCUCCCCAACGCAUCACCGACGACAACAGCUCAAGUUGUCCUGAAACUAAUUCGCGGAAGUGAUGGAUUCCGAUUCACGAUAACCGAUUCGUCGGGUGGCGGUCAGAAGGUUCGAUCGAUCGUCGAUCCACGGAGAUGUGUCGGCCUCUGUGUUGGUGACGUCAUCCAGCUAAUCAACAACAUACACGUCAUCAAUAUGAAACAUAAACAAGUUGUUGAUAUCCUCAACGCCUGUCCAGUUGGUCUCGAAACUGAGAUUGUUGUUCUAAGAAGAGUCGAUGUCUUGAGAGGAAAUUCAAUUCAACAACAGCCUAUCAGCAAAUAUAUCUCAGUCAAUGACAUCAAUGUUAAUGUAACGUCACCUCUGAAGCCGACAUUUUCAUCUGUAAACAACAACAACAGCAACAAUAUGUUAGGACUUUAUAAUGUUACUAAUUCUAAAAUUAACAACAACAACAACGUCAAAAUUAAUAGAAGCAAGACUCCUGGCCCUAUCUUAAUAUCCACCCAGCUAUUUAACAACAACACAUCCAAUCAUCAACAACAACAGCAAAGACAACAACAGCAUCAUCAUUUUCGUUCCAAAUCAACAACUCGUCUGAUAUCGCAAAGCAAUACUUCCACUCCUGAUUUCAUGCCUGCCACAAAUUUCAACAACAACAAAAAUUUGUUGACAACAACAUCCACCUCUAACAACAAAUCAUUCAUUCCUUCAACUUUUUCAACGAGAAGCACAUCAAACAACAUCAACAUAUCGAGCAACAAUAACUCAUCAAACAACAACACAUCAUUAAAUGGCAACGACAAUGGUACAGUUAACAGCAACAGCUUAUUAAGUCACAACGCAUUCAACGAUGCUACAAACUUCAGAAAUAUAUCUCAACUUCAACAUCAACUGACACAAAAUCCAACACAUUUGAGUAGUUCAACAGCAAAUGACCAAGCCGGCAACAUCAACAACAUCACCGCUAUUGACAACAAAAUAAACAAAAACCCAAGAAUUGUUACCUUAACAAAACAGGCUAAUCAAACGUUCGGCAUUACAGUUGCAUCAACUUCAGUUAAAUCUGGCUCUCAAAUAUGUGACAUAACUGCUGGCAGUCCUGCUGCUAAGUGUGGCCAGUUGUUUGUCGGUGAUGAAUUGUUGGCAAUAAAUGGCACGAGUGUCUUGAACAUGAGCCACGGCGAAAUAGUUCAGUGCAUCAUAAACUCCGGUAGGAUGGUGACGCUGACUGUCGUGUCAUCAGCAGCUGCUCCCAUUCUCUCCAACAUCACCACUGCCGAUAUCAUUAAGUCGCAGAAAAAGUAUGGAAAAUCGAGUGACUGUUUGAACACAGUCGUAAUCGAGAAACCAAUCCUUCCAUAUGAUGAGCGUUCAAAUAAUUUCAGCUGCACAUCCGAUCAACAUCCAUCCAUCGAUUUGAUAAACAAACUGAAACAACAGCACAACAUCAACAAAAAUAACGUUAAUAAUAACAUUGAUGUCCAAAACAACAAUAGGAGGAAUGACGUUAAUGAGGGAAACGCUGAACUCGUCUUUAAAAAGACUCCAUCAAGUCCUCCGAUUUCAUCAAGUCCUCCGAAGCCAGCACCGACGACACUUGAAAAGUUUCAAAGCGUAGAGUUGGAGAGGGGUCCACAUGGAUUUGGAUUCACAAUAACAGGGGGUAGAGAUCUUCGUAACUCCCCCUCAAUAUCUGUCUUCAACAUAAAUGACGGAAGUCCGGCUCAUGGAAAUAUUCGAGUGGGAGAUGACAUUAUUGAAAUAAAUGGACAGAACACAAGCACGUUGACUCAAUCUGAUGCUAAGAAGAUCAUCAGCGCUUCCAACAAAGUCGUACUGCUGCUAAAGAGGAGAAAUCAUCAAGAUAUCACGAGCAACAUCAAGCUCGCCAACUAG